CAGCACAAUAUCACAAUUCGCCGCAUUGGUGCUGACCUGAUGACGGCAUGGCAGACGAGCCUGAAGAGUCCCGCUUCGUCGUGGUGAUCACCAAGGAACAGUCCGCCAGCCUUGGCCUGGAUGUCACCUACAGGACUUGGACGAAGUCUGGAGUUUUUAUCACAAAGGUGUUCGAGGACGGCCUCAUCGCUUCCUGGAAUCAGAAGAAUGAUCCGUCCAAGCGCGUGUCUGUGGGGGACUUCAUUUAUCAGGUGAACCAAGUUUCCAAAGACACCGUGGCGAUGAUCACGGAGCUAAAGACGCAAAAGCACUUAGCCAUCCACGUAAUGAAGAGGUUUGGAAAGCCAAUUCCUCCGUUGCAGGGCGGGCCUGAGGCGGGCGUGAAGGCUCAUGCGCAGGAGUCGCGGCGGAGCGACGUCGAGGCGCUGCUGCAGCAGCUGAACGGCGUCACCGACGAGGAGCUGGCCGGCUUGAUUUGCGUGGCCUUGGAGCAGCGGCCCCACCUGCGCCACGUGGUACUCGGCCGCUGAAUUGGAGAUCCCAAUCAGGUGGCGGUAUUUGAUGGGAAAAACACCCCGAUUGAAAUACAUCGCUCAGUGCGAGAG